GCUGGCCGAGAACGAAGCCAAGUUAAAGUAAUGCAAUAAGAAUGCAUUCUAUGAAAUCUGGCUCUACUUCCAGGGUGUCCGGAAACAAAACAAAACUCAAGACCGUGAAACUCGACGCGACCGCUGAGCCUCCGAACAAGAAGCUAAGAACAUCCGCAAGGCCACCCGUUUUUGAUUUCACAGGGUCUGCACCUCAGCCGCCAUCAGAAGGGCCGCCGGCAUCGUCGCAACGACCCUCACUCUUACAGUCGCAGACACAACGCCAAAGGAAGGACGUGAAGGGAAAGGGAAAGGUGGUUUUGCCUCUAGUGCAUCAGGAAGAUAAUAGGCUCUGGGUGGACAAGUAUGAGCCAACGAUCGAGGCUGAUCUAGCAGUGCACAAGCGCAAAGUUGAGGAUGUGCGGCGAUGGCUCUCCGAAGCUUUUGAAGGAGGGCCGACUGGGAAGCUGCGGAAAUAUCGCCGUAUUCUAGUUCUCACUGGGCCUGCUGGUACCGCAAAGACUACCACACUCCGCGUAAUAGCUCGAGAGAUGGGUUUCGAUAUCGUCGAGUGGCGCAACAGCAUGAGCGAACGCGGCCCGAGUAAUUUUACCGAAGAUUCCAAGGACCCUGGUGACGACUCUUGGAUGGAUACGGAAGCAUUGUUCGACAAGUUUCAGGCAUUCCUCAAGAGAGCUUCCGCAUGUCAUAACAUUUUCUCUGCAAGUUCUGCAGCCUCGUCGGCGCAACCAGAAUCCCACACUCAGUCACAAUCUGUACCGCAAUCCUUCACGCAAUCCCUCCCCUUUACUUCCAAACCUACUAACCGCCACUUGAUCCUUCUAGAGGAUCUCCCAAAUAUCCUGCACCUCCCCACGCAAGGGCGAUUUCACGCUGCCUUGCAGUCGCUCUGCGGUUCUUCUGACUCUGGGCCCCCAGUCGUGAUCAUCAUAUCCGACUCUGGUCUCCGCGGCGAGAAUGCCUAUAAUGAUGAUGCAUGGGACGGUGCGGGCGGUACGCGCUGGUCCAAGAAAGAGACUAUCGACAUUCGAAGUGUUCUUGGAGCCGACCUUUCCACCAGUCCAUAUGUCACGCGCAUCGGAUUCAACCCUAUCGCGCCAACACUCAUGACCAAAGCCCUGCAGGCGAUGCUCACCAACCAUUUUGCGUCUACAUCCGGAAAGCCACCAACAAAAGACGUUGUAGAGAUGAUUGUCGAGUCCUCGAAUGGGGACAUCAGGAGUGCGGUGAUGGCAUUGGAGUUUGCGUGUGUUGUCACGUUACCGAUCAAGGGUACUGGGAAGGGUAAGAAGCGAGGGAAUACGACUGGAAGUGGGGGUGCACGGGCUGUCCUGGAGGCUGUUACGCGAAGAGAGCAAAGUCUAGUGCUAUUUCAUCUGAUGGGGAAGAUAUUGUAUAACAAACGCAAGGGAGACUCUCCGGCAACACACCUCUCUGCCAAAGAUGCCGCAAAGGAGCGCGAGCUGGAUGAAACCCUUAUGGACCCAUCACGUUUACCAGACUGGCUUUCGGAACAUGAUCGGAAGGCGAGCCGGGUAUGCCUAGAGACAAUUGCAUCAGAAUCACCCAUUGAUUCAUCACUACUGGGAUUGUACAUCCACCAAAAUUAUACCAUGUUUUGUACGGAUGUCGAUCAAUGUGACGGGGUCUGCGAGGGGCUUAGUUGGGUUGACUGGAUUGGCGGCCACCUCCCAACCAACACUCCAUACGCUUUUCCAACACUCGCAUUGUCGACGCUUCAUGCUCUCCCAACACCAGUCCCACGAAAAGGGCAGAAGGUGUGCAAGCCCUCAUGGUUUGAUGUGCGCAACAAGGAGCAGGAUGCGUUGGAAGGUGUGGGCCAUGUCGCGGCCUGGUUGGGACACGGAGGGGGAAGUGACGAGUGUGCGCCAGGGAGAUGGACACAUGGUAACAUUGCAGUUGAGCUGGGUGGCUGGUUGCGCGCUGUUGAUCGCCCUGGCAAUGCUCAACUGCAGGUUCCGCGAGCGCACAAGCUUUUCUCGUGCAUUCAGUGGGGUACGGGAGGUGUUGGUGGCGAUGUGCUUGGAGAAGAUGAGUAUGGGGAGGCAUAUGAUGGCAGGGAUGAGGGUGAUAUCAUGGUUUUGGGGGCUUUGAGAGAUGAAGAGGAAGAAAAGGGCUGGUGGCUGGAGAGCGAUGAUAUAGAGGAGGUGGAGUAGGAGGCUUGGAGCUAUAUCAUAAUAACCUACGUUGCCUUCAUAUUGACAUUGUCCGAUGUCGAAACUAAUUUCAGUCUCAACAUUGGACAACGUCAAUAUUAAAUAAAUCUGAGAGAGGCAUCAUGACAUG